AACAAGACCGUCUCUUUUGCUUUUCGUAUGGCUUAAGUUUCUGUUCUCCAGUUCGCGACUAGAUAGGAUUAAAAUUGUUAAUAUUACGUUAAAACUUUGGAUAUUUAGUAAAAAACAAAAUGGCUCCAAGAAAAGGGAAAGUACAAAAAGAAGAGCCAGUCAUUCAAUUAGGACCACAAAUUCAAGAAGGUGAAUUGGUAUAUGGCGUUGCUCAUAUUUUUGCUAGCUUCAACGAUACAUUUGUCCAUGUAACUGAUUUAUCUGGAAGGGAAACUAUUGCUAGAGUCACUGGUGGCAUGAAAGUAAAAGCUGACAGAGAUGAAGCUUCUCCUUACGCUGCUAUGUUAGCUGCCCAGGAUGUUGCUGAAAAAUGCAAGACCUUGGGUAUUACAGCUUUGCAUAUUAAAUUGAGAGCUACUGGUGGAAAUAAGACAAAAACACCAGGUCCAGGAGCGCAGUCUGCACUUCGUGCUUUAGCCCGUUCAAGUAUGAAAAUUGGCAGAAUUGAAGAUGUUACACCAAUUCCAUCAGAUUCUACACGUAGGAAGGGUGGUCGCAGAGGUAGACGUUUGUAGUUUCCCAAUUUUUAUUUGUCUUACAAAUUUUGUACAUUGCAAAUAUUAAAUUGGAUUUCUCUUUAUA